CCUUGCACCAGCAAGCUUGCGCCGAUGCGAACCCCGGCAUGGCCCCUUGCCGCAGCACUUCUAGCAGGUCCAUCACCUACAUGGCUAGCACACCGCAGUCCAUCGGUGUGGCAAAGAAGCAGCGCAAGUGGUGCCGGCAAGGAGAGCCAUUUGUCCAGUUUGCGUCGCACCUAUCGAUGGACCUUCGAGGAGUUGCUGAAGCAAUGUCGAGCUCAGCACGGGGGUACGCAGACAUGUGUUCUGAUCGAUGGUCCUUUACAUGCUGCCAAUGUCGGUUGCAUAAUGCGCCAGGCAGCCGUGCUGCAACCUCCUGGCAGUGAGGAUGGCAUCUCUGCCGUGCUUCUGGCAGCUUCCAACCCACCCAAAGAAGCAAAGGUAGCUAAGGCCAGCUUUCCUUCAGAGAAGUUCUUGAAGAAUGUGGUCAGGAUCUCCUUGGCCGAGAGGCAAUCAUUGCCAAGUCCAACCCGGCUGGUCACACUUUCACAAGGCCCGCUUCCAGCACUCCGUGCUUUGCGGGAAGAAGGUUUUGUGCUGGUUGCUCUCGAGAACCUCGAGGCGUGCAGCCCAUCGGAGCCGUAUCCUGCAACCGUUUCCUUGUGGAAUUUGCAGCUGCCGCUAAACGCGCCGCGCUUGGCAUUUGUAGCCGGAGGAGAGGCGCAAAGUCUACAGCUCGAUUUGUUGCAGCUUUGCGACUGGCAAAGCUACAUUCCAGCUGCGAGAUGUCCUCUCAAUGUCAAGGAGCAGAACGUAGGAGAAGAGACUCACAAUCCGACUCUAAACUUGGCACAUGCAGUUGUCAUUGCUCUCUAUGAACGGCGGCGACAGCUUGCUUCCCAACAAGAUGCAUAGUAGACUUCAGGACCGAAUGGCUUUGGACAGCGGGGCUGCAGGAGUCGCAGAGGCUUGUGGAUUGCGGAGUGAAAGGCAGCCAAAGGCCAAUUAUAUAUACAUAUUCCACCUCUUGCUUUCUGCGCUCAGGGGUACCUUCAGCUUCCGCAACCUUGGAGAUGGCUUCAAAAACCUUCAAGCAUGAGUUUGUUACUUGCAGAGCCAUUAUUCAACUUUGGUGGAAAAUGCCCAACAAACUCAAGUUUCAAGACCUGAGCCUGGGAUAACCUGGGCCUAACCGGGCCUCGUUGAUGUCCUCGGCUAAUCCAAUGACUUACCGCUUGCUCUUUGUGCAGGAAAAUAGGCGUCAGCAGCUUCGAAAGGUGCGCAAAAAGAUUAACCAAUUCAGAUGAGCUGUCGCAAAGCAGACCCGCC